AUUAAUGGCUGUAGUUUAAGGCUCUAGGAAGAAGUUGGGUAACUUGGUGAAAGGUAUCAGAAGCUUCCCUUGUGUGACUCACCCCGGUCAUAUCCUGUAGCAUGUAGAGAGAAUGACGUAAGAUCACCGGACAGUAUAUUAUAACCUCAGAGCGCUCGGUGGCGCGUGCAUUAGAUACUCCGGUGAUGGCUGAGCUCGAGGCAGAGUCGCUUCAUUUCUCCGUGGGCAUCCUCGGGAUCUCCGGCGGUUCUCUACUGCUGCUGGUGAAUGACUAUGGCAGCUCUCCUGAAAAAUCCCUCAUCCCCCAUACUGCACUGGGGGUGCUGCUGCUGAUCAUCGCUGCCCUCUUGGCCUACUCUGGUGUGCGACGCAGCUUGUCCCAGUCCCAUUUGUUCUCCAGUGUGUGUCUGAGUGUAUCGGCUCUUUGGGGUGGAUCCGGCCUGGUCUACCUGCUGGUUGGGGAGCGGGUACUGGGGGCCACAGAGCUGAGAGCCUCUCUGGUCCCUGGUCUUGCAGCCUUCACCCUGGCCCUCCUCAUCCUGGCUAUAGUCUCGCUCUUCCAGAGAGAGGUGGUCAUCUUUAUCAUCACCCUCUCAAUCAGUCUGGCUUGUGGGCACCAAAUCGCCGGUCUCUCCUCCCCGGGCUUCGGCCAGUCUGCCACCGCCGCCUGCUACCUGCUGGUCACUCUGGUGGGGGCGUACUUCGGCUGUGGCCGCCUGCUCUCCUUUAUCACCCAGGGUAGAGUGGAGGCUCCCGGGACAUGGCUGAGGAAGAGGAGUGCUGGGGGUCGGGGGUCCAGAGGUCCGGAGGACUGUAACGACGUGGUGCCCGUAGGCCUGGUGAUGAACCUCCUGUCUGCCAGUGUGUUAGCCUGCCCCCUACUGGCUGUGGUUCCUCAGCUGUCUGCGGGUCACGUCCCCUGGCUAUGGACGGCUGCUGUAUUCCAACUGGGGGUGUGUGUCCUCUCCUACAGGGCCAUGGACUCUCUGACAGCCACCUUCUAUGGCUUCACCUCCAUCCUACACUUCACCGAGGGCUACAGCGCUCUCCUCACAGCUCCCUCCAUCUCCAUCCACCCUUCCUCCCCCAUUCCUUUCCCCGUGGUCUUCUCUGUUCUGUUCUUCAUCCUGGCUCUGUUCAGUUGUCAGAAGACUCUAGCUGAGGGUCUGUAUCAGCUGUUCUUCGUAGCGUAUACCAUCGCCCUCGCCGCCCAACCGUCCCUAGCCUUCCAGGCCGGGGCGCAGGGCGUACAGGCGGCGAUCUUUGUCGUGUCAGCUGUGAUGCUACUGGUCACCUCUUACAACAUGUCAGCCAAUAGGAUCCCUACGGGGGAGGGCAUGUUCAAGGCCGUGGUGAUGCGUAUCAGCAGCCUGACGCUCCGCCCCCGUGAUAAACAGCUCCACGAUCCUUACCUGGGCUACUCCAGGUAUGCCGACGCCGAGGUGUUAGGCCACGCCUGCUCCGUGCUCGCUGCCUUCUCCAUCGCGUCGUCCGUGGACGACCGGGACCCGCUGGUCGUGCUGGUGUUGCCGUGGACCGUGGUGGCUGGGGGCAUCCUACAGUUGCUGGUUGGCUCUGUAGCCUUCGCCCGAGGUAAGACGCUGGAGAGCACGGCAUUCAUCCUGUACGGUGUCAUGUGGUCCGUCUGGGGGCUGACGCGGUACGGCGGUCUCUACGGCGACACCCGAGGCUUCAACGUAGCGGUCGGCAUCAUCAGCUUCCUGUUGUUCAACAGUCUGGUGACGGUAGGAGCGCUGUUCCUGAACAUAGCCUGGUUCCUCUACGCCGCAACCUUUCACCUCAUUAUCAUCUCCUUCCUGCUGGACGCCGUCGGAGCACUGCCUUAUGGGUACGAUAUCGGCGUGUCUAUCGUGUUCGGCCUGGUGUCUUUCUACUGUUUCCUGUCUGGUCUGUUCAACAUGACCUUCCUGACGCCCCAGAUGCCCCUGGGAAGGGCCCUGGUUAGGCUGAGCGGGAAAGGAGGAGAAGGGCGGGACAUCUGUCCACAUGUCCCGGCACGGAAGGCCACCGCUGUUCACCAGAUAGCAGAGAUCAUGAAGAGUGGGGGUAUAUGUGGGAUGCCCACUGACACGGUCUAUGUACUGGUAGCAGCCUGUAACAGACCUGAGGCUGUGGAGAAGGCAUACAGGUGUAAGCAGCAGGCCCAGGACCGGCCCAUGUCUCUGUGGGUCUCCUCUAUAAACCAGUUAGAACCGGUCAGAUCCCUGCUGUCUCCUCUGCUCUGGGACUUCAUGAGCGCUGCAUGGCCCUCCUCUAUCAGCAUGGUCAUACCCAGGGGCCCGUGGAUGGAGAUGUUUGGUCUGGGGGAAUCAGCUAAACACAUUGGAACCCCUCAGAGCAUCGCUAUCAGGAACCCAGACUGUGCAGUAGCUACCCAUCUCAUCAACCUGGUGGGUCCCAUCGCUGUGACAUCAGCCAACCCCACAGGAGAAGCAGACACCACACACCACAACCAGGUGUAUGCCAAGCUGGGAGACAAGGUGGAUGGUGUGUUGUGUGAUGGUCCAUCCCCUGAGAACACUGCCUCCACUGUGGUCGACUGCACCAAGAUAGAGAGCGGCCAUAUUGGAUUCUUCAGAGUGGGCCUCAUCCCCAAGUCUCAGGUGCUCCAGACCUUUGAGGAAGUCCAGAAAAGGCACUCCCACGGCCAGAUAAACCCUGGAUUUGAAACAGACCUCACAGAGCCCUAACCUGACAGAUCCUCCUCAGAGACACACAGGACAACACUAUACACAGUCCCUAGAGUUCUCUCCACUUCCACCAGCCACCCUGUCUCCUUCCUACAUAGACACCUCUCCACUUCCACCAGCCACCUAGUCUCCUUCCUACAUAGACACCUCUCCACUUCCACCAGCCACCUAGUCUCCUUCCUACAUAGACACCUCUCCACUUCCACCAGCCACCUAGUCUCCUUCCUACAUAUCUCCUUCCUACAUAGACACCUCUCCACUUCCACCAGCCACCUAGUCUCCUUCCUACAUAUCUCCUUCCUACAUAGACACCUCUCCACUUCCAUCAGCCACCCUGUCUCCUUCCUACAUAGACACCUCUCCACUUCCACCAGCCACCCUGUCACCUUCCUACGGAGACACCUCACCCCAUCCAUCAGACUGACCAAGCUACAGACCCUGGGUCCGGACAACUACUGAAGGCUCUUAGUUACCAUCUUAGUUUAGAACAUGUAGAAAGUGUAACAUAAACUGUCUUAUUUUAGAUUUCGUGUUUUAUGGGUGUAAAUGAGUUGGUGUUCCCUGAAUAACAACAACACACCAAAGAAAUGAAUAUUUAAGACAAACAGUAUUUGCGUAUGUUUCAAUGUAUAUUAAAAGGCAAAAGCUCUUUCUCUGUUGUUUAGUAAUUAAAUGUGUAAAUAUUGGGUUUAUUCUAACCGUGUAUUAGAGUUGAAACUUUACUGUUGCUAUGGAGAUAGAUAGUUGUCACGUGCAUAAUGUGUUUGUCUGUAAUGGAGUUAUAUUAAAGAAACCUGUGCCGUCGACAAA